ACAUUUACUUUUUCACAAUUUUGGUGUGGAAAAACCUGCAGAUUUCAGCAUUUACAAUGUAUUUCAGUAUCUCCGUUGAUGAACUCAUCCCCUCUGACUCCACUCAUUAUGAGGUGCAGGAGCUUCUAGGCAGAGGUACCUAUGGGAUAGUCACUAAGUGCAGGAAAACAACCACCAAUGAAAUUGUGGCUUUAAAAAUCCUCCGGUCACCACAGUGUAUGGAAGCUGCCAAGAAAGAGGUGGCUUUUCUCAAGUCAAUGAGAAACUUCAACUUAGACAACUUCAAUAUCCUCAAACUGAACACCUACUUCACCUUCAAGGGCCAACUCUGUCUUGAGUUUGAGAAACUGGACAUGAACCUUAAACAAUUCAUCGAGAAUAACCACAAUCAGACUCUGGAGAUGGCGGUGAUACGCUCCAUUGUGCAGCAGAUGGCUACUGCCCUAGAGUUUCUAAAGGGCAUCGGGGUGGUUCAUGCUGACUUAAAGCCGAAAAACGUUAUGGUGGUGGACCAUUUACAAAGGCCAGUGAGAGUCAAAGUCAUUGACUUUGGUUUAGCAUGCAGACAUCCUGAGAAACAUGUGGGUGUAAACCUCCAGUCCAGGUGUUACAGAGCUCCAGAGGUCUUGCUUGGAAGUCCCUUCAACGAGGCCAUCGAUGUUUGGUCUUUGGGAUGCGUUGCUGCUGAACUCCUACUGGGCAAAGUACUUUUCCAGGGCUGUGAUGAAUAUGACAUGAUGAGAUGGAUCGUCUUCACCGUUGGACAGCCACCAGUCCGUGUGCUCGAUGCAGGACGGUACACGGCAGAGUUUUUCAAGAAAAAUGUCUUGCGACCCGGAACCAACCAGUGGACCUUUGUGUCAAGACGUGAUGAGACGAUUUCCACUGACAAGGGCAACAUGCUGAGUGAUCUUCAGACAAUCCUGCAGAAGGCGCCUUAUAGAGCGUCAGACAAAGACACCUUUUGUGAAAUCUGUGAAAGGGUGAGCUUUGCUGACCUGGUGACAAAGAUGUUGACGGUGGAUGCUGCUGACAGAAUCACGCCCAUGCAGAUUCUUCAGCACCCAUUUAUCACAAUGGACCACCUUGUCGACAUAUUCGGCUGCUCCCCCUAUGUGCAGUCGUUCAUGAAGCAGAGGAGCACCUUUCAGGGUCUGAGCUCUGAUAACGAGAAAGACAGCACAGUCCCGUCAACAUACCAGAGUGAGGAUUCCUCUUACAUCACUGCCAGCUCACGAGGCAGUGACCCCUCUGAAGGCAGCUCUGUUUGGUUGAGUGCAAAUGAGCAUUUCUCACCUUCAGACUCUAUCAUCAGCGAGGACAAGGCAGAUGACAGAAAGAGAAGAAGGGAUACCGAUGAGGAUCCACAUCAUGACAACACCCCAGAGCGUUUCCAAGUCAAGAAGAGGAAAAGAGGAAGCCAGAAAGAAGUGCCAGCAGAGACUAGAGAGCAAAUGAGACCAGACAAGUCAAAGGGACGCAAGAGGAUUGAUGCUGUUUUAAGCACAACUACAGAAAACAACCGCCCAGGGUGGAAGGGCAGAAGAAUUAAAAAGGCCAACAGUGUCCCAGUCAACAAACUGGAAAAUGGUGUCAAAAAAAUCCUCAGAAGGUCUGAAAGAAUCAAGUGCAGAUUGACCUAGGAUGACCCUGUUAAAACGAGAAGAAGAGAGAAGGGAGAUAAUUAAGGAAAGGAAGAGGUGUUGCACUUAGUUAAGGGAGAUGUUUAGUUGUUUAAUGAAUUAUGGAGCCCUUGGAUCUGGAUAGAGGAGAUGUGUGAAUCGAUCUUUAAUUUCUUAAUGUAUUUUUUUUUAAUGUAAUUUCAUUCAUUUCCAUUUAGUCUUUUAUUGACUUAAGAAAUACAAGUCUACAGGUGUUGAUUUUUUGGGGGGGACAGUUAAGUAACUGAAACAUGUAAUAUUAUACAAUGGUACUGUUUUGUAUCUUUAGUAUUUUGUCAAAUUAUCCAUCCAUCCAGCUUACUGGACAGGUCGCCAGUCCAUCACAGGGACACAUAUAGAGACAAACAACUAUCCGCUCUCCCACUCACACCCACUGUCAAUUUAGAGUGUCCAAUUUUAAAUCAAAUUAUGUUAUAUUAAGUGUGUUUGUUUAUGUGCGGAUAAAGGUGCAUAUUGAAUACAUUCAGUGUACA